AUGACCGGAGGGGCCCUCUGGACGAUGGCGGCAGCCUCCUGGAUCAGCGGAGGCCUCUCCGGCCUCAUGCACACGGCCGCCACCUUCUCCGGGCUCUUCUGCGGGUCGAACGCGAUCCGCCAGUUCUUCUGCGACAUCCCCCAGCUUCUGAAGCUCUCGGGCUCCACUGCGGUCCUUACAGAGGUUUGGGUCACGAACUUCACAGUUAACCUCUCCGUGGUGUGUUUAGCUGCCAUGGCGGCUUCGUACAUCCACAUCUUCCGGGCCGUGCUGAGGAUGCAAUCCGCUGAGGGCCGGGCCAAAGCCUUCUCCACCUGUCUGCCCCACCUCGCCGUCGUGAUUUUUUUUAUAUCGACUUCAGGAUUCGCCUAUCUGAAGCCUCCCUCAGACUCCCUCUCAACGCUGGACCUUCUGGUAUCCAUGUUCUACUCCGUGGUGCCUCCGACUCUGAACCCCCUCAUCUACAGCCUGAGGAACAGGGACGUGAAGACCGCCAUCUGGAAGACUCUGAGCGGGAGAUCAUCUGACCAGAAUCAUUUUUCUUUUUAG